UUUUACACACCGUCCCGCUCGGUGCAUCUGCCCGAUACCAAACGAAACCACGCCCACAUCCCACUUUUGCCCCGCCUGGGAACGGCACCCUCAGACAAGAUGUCGCUCUCAAACUGCCGGUUCUACGAGGAGAAAUAUCCCGAGAUUGACUCCUUUGUGAUGGUGAACGUAAAACAGAUUGCCGACAUGGGAGCCUACGUCAAGCUCCUCGAGUACGAUAACAUCGAUGGCAUGAUUCUGCUCUCCGAGCUUUCGAGGCGUCGUAUCAGAAGUAUCCAGAAGUUGAUCCGUGUCGGUCGCAACGAGGUAGUCGUCGUUCUGCGUGUCGACAAGGAGAAAGGAUACAUCGAUUUGUCCAAGCGCCGUGUCUCGCCCGAGGAUAUUGUGCGCUGCGAGGAGCGGUAUAACAAGAGUAAGAUUGUGCACUCGAUUAUGAGGCACGUCGCCGAGAAGACGCAGACCCCGAUUGAGACGCUCUACGAGACAAUAGGGUGGCCGCUCAACAAGAAAUACGGCCACGCCCUGGAUGCCUUCAAGCUCUCAAUAACCAACCCCGAUAUCUGGACCGACAUCCAGUUCCCAAGCGAAGCUGAUGCCGAGGAGCUCAAGUCCUACAUUGGAAAGAAGCUCACCCCCCAGCCGACCAAGGUCCGCGCCGACAUUGAAGUUACUUGCUUCGGGUACGAGGGCAUCGACGCCAUUAAGACCGCUCUGCGCACCGCCGAGGCCCGUAACACCGAAGAGACCCAGGUCAAGUGCCGGCUGGUUUCUCCUCCGCUCUACGUUCUCACCAACACAUGCCUCGACAAGAACGCCGGUAUUGCCCGCCUGGAAGAGGCCAUCGUCGACGUCCGGACGAGCAUCGAGUCGGCCGGCGGUAACCUCGUCGUCAAGAUGGCGCCCAAGGCGGUCACCGAGUCGGAUGAUGCGGAGCUCCAGGCGCUGAUGGAGAAGCGCGAGCGCGAGAACGCCGAAGUCAGCGGCGACGAGAGUGUCAGCGAGAGCGAUGAUAACAUCCCUGCGGCGGUCUAAGAAAACGCCGUUUGUACAAGAAUGGAUUGGGACAGCACGCGGUGAUUCCGGCCCUAUUUUUCGUGGGAUGACCAAAUACCCCGCGAAUGAGGUUGCAGGACAGCGAGCAGGUAUAUCGGGACCAUUUGGUUUGACCGGCGUCUUCGGAUUUCAAAAGGUCAGAUACGGUAGACAUUCCAGCUAGCCAGGGCCGCAGCGGGGUAAAAAAGGGAACGAAGUAAUGCCUCUUAAGAAUAUUCGGCCUCUUGAUGUGUCCCUCGAAUUAUGUAUCAAUCGAGGCCGCCUUAUCGGCUUAUCUAAACCACGCCGCCCAAGCAC